AUGUCAUCACAACGCUUCUACCUGCUGGGUGAAGACCCUUCAGCCACAACAGAGUUUGACAUCCCCGCCUCGAUAGACGAGGAGGGCCUCCAGCAUCUCGCUGCCUCCCACUUUGCCGUCGUCGACCACAAGGGCGUCGGCUUCGUCUUCGCAGAUGACGCCCUGACAACAGUCGCCGACGUCCUCGCCGCCGAGGGCCCCGUCGCCAUCACCAUCGACGGCCACGCCGUUCGCGACGUCCCCGGCCCCCAGGGCCUGCCCUUCAUCGGCAACUACUUCGAGGUCUACCCUGACCACCUCGGCAACCACCAGCGCCUGUUCGAGAAGUACGGCCCCCUCUUCAAGACCACCAACAUGGGCUCCACCAUCUACCACACCAACGACCCGGCCCUCGCCAAUAUCAUCUUCUCCGAGAGCGACUUCUUCACCAAGAACAUCAUCCCCGGCCACCCCCUGUACCCCAUCAAGAACAAGGAGUCGGGUGUCUUCCUCGGUGACACCGACACUCCCGAAUGGAAAGAGGUUCACAAAUUCCUGCCUCCUGCCCUUGGGCCGCGCGCCGUGCGCCAUUACGCCCCGACCAUGCAGAAGACCGUCGAGGACGCCUUCAAGGUCUUUGACGAGCUCGACGACAGGGACGAGGCCUGGAACGUCUACCCUUACAUGCUCAAGCUCGGCUCCCAGGCCGUCGGCAAGCUCGUUCUCGGCAUGGACUUCCAGCACUUCACCGCCGUCGACGCGCGGCCCCACGAGAUGGUCAUGCGCAUCGCCCAGUCGCUCGAGCUCAACAAGAAGAUCACCUCCAUGGGCAGCUGGUAUGCCUCGCUGCCCUUUGGCGACCCCAAGCGCCUGCGCGACGCGCGCGCCCGCAUCGUCGACAUGAUGAAUGAGUCCAUCAACAACGCCUCCAGUGGCGGCACCGAGAACCUCGAGCUGCAGGAGGCCGCCCUCCAGGCCGACAACAUGGUCGACUACGUCCUGCGCGCCAGCGACUCCCGCGGCAACAAGCUGCCCCGCGAGCGCAUCAUGGAGCCCCUCGUCGUCGCCACCGGCGCCGGCUUCACCACCACCUCCUCCCUUCUCUCCUGGUUGCUCUACGGCCUCGUCGCCUACCCCGGCAUGCAGGAGCGCCUGCUGCAGGAGCUCGUUGACCACGGCUUCGACGAGAACACCCAGAUCACCGCCGAUCUCACCCAGAAGCUGACCUUCCUCGACAAGUACAUCAAGGAGACGCAGCGCCGCCACAACCCCUCGUACCAGCCCGCCCGCACGUCAAAGGUCGACUUGAUCCUCCCCGGCGGCUACAAGCUGCCCAAGGACUCCAUCUGCAUCCCCGCCCUCCACCACAUCCACAACAACAACCUCGUCUGGGACAACCCCGCCCGCUUCGACCCGGACCGCUGGGACACGGACAAGGUCAAGAACCGCCCCAACGCCUCCUACAUCCCCUUCGCCGCGGGCCCCCGCAUGUGCAUCGGCUUCAACUUCGCCCUCCAGGAGGUCAAGGUCUUCCUGCCCAAGCUCAUCUACCGCUACAAGUUCACCAUGGCCCAGGACGGCCCCGUCGACUACGACCCCAUGUUCCAGCUCAUCCGGCCCAACAACUUGUACGUGCGCGCCGAGAAGAGAGUCAAGUGGCCUCCCCGUUCCGAGGCCUAA